CGCCGCUGCAGCGCCUGCAGCUGGCGACGGAGGUGCGCGACAGCAUAGAGAUUGCGCACACGGCGGAGUACGGCAACUUCCUGCGCGCGUACUUCCAGGUCUUCGUCGCCGUCCUCCGCCAGCUCACCGCGCCUCAGCUCGUUUUUUCCUCCACUUCUCUGUUGCUCCCUCUCUCUUCCCCUCCCCCCUUCCCCUCUUUCCUUUCCGUCCGCCCACUCUUCCCCCUCCCUUUGCCCCCCCUCCCCGCUUCCCCGUCCCCCCGCGCCCCCGCUCCCUCACACGCGCAGUUCGUGGACAAUCUCGAGCACAAGUUCCGCAACGUGGUGCUCGAGGUCCUCAACCGCUUGCCACACAGCGAGGCCCUACAGCCGUACGUGCCAGAGCUCCUGCGCGUGGCCCUAACAGUCCUAGCCACGGACAACGAGGACAACGCCAUGGUGGCCCUGCGCAUCAUAUUCGACCUGCACAAGAACUUCCGCCCCAAGCUCGAGCACGACGUGCAGCCGUUCCUCGACUUCGUCUGCAAGAUCUACCAGUCCUUCCCCGCCACCGUCAGCUUCUUUUUCGACGAGGGCGGCGGCGGGGAGCAGAUGCGCCGUGCAGCAGGGAUGGGGGACGGCGCGGCAGGGGGAGCCGCCGGCUCUGGCGCUGGGGCAGGGGGGCUGGGGGGAGGGCCGGGAGGGGUUGGCGGUGGUGGUGCUGGGGUGGCGGUGCCGAGUCAGCUGAAUCCGUCCACUCGGUCAUUCCGAGUGGUGACGGAGUGUCCGCUGAUUGUGAUGUUUCUGUUCCAGGUGUACCCGCGGUACGCGGGGCACAGCAUCUCCGUGCUGCUGCCGCUCAUGAUGCAGUGCAUUGCCAUUGUGGGGCCCUCGCCGCACCACCACGUGCCGCCGCGCCUCAAAGCUGCAUACGCUGACCUCAAGGCAGCUCAGAUCAAGACGGUGUCGUUUCUGACGUAUCUGCUGAGGGGCUAUGCGGACAUAAUCCGCCCGCACGAGGCAAAUAUCGCCAAGAGCAUCGUCAACCUCCUCCUCACAUGCCCCGACGUCGUUGCCACUCGCAAGGAGUUGCUAGUGGCAACGCGCCAUGUGCUGGCCACGGACUUCAAGAGAGGCUUCUUCCCGCAGCUUGACACUCUGCUCGACGAGAGAGUCCUUGUGGGCACCGGCAGGGCGUGCUAUGACACGCUGCGUCCCCUCGCCUACUCUCUGCUUGCUGAGCUCAUUCACCAUCUCAGGGACGAGCUCUCCCUCAUCCAGUUGUCACGCAUUGUGUACCUGUUUUCGCGCAACGUGCACGAUGCAUCGCUGCAUCUGUCGGUGCAGACAACAUGUGUUCGCCUCAUGCUCAACUUGGUGGAAACCAUCUUCAAACGUCGCCUUGCCCACGAGGAUGGCCGCGUGCUGCUGGAUCGCAUUCUGGAUGCGUUUGUGGGCCGCUUCGGCACUCUCAAGGAGAGCGUUGAGUCGUUACCCACCCACCUGCCCUCUAUCCUCAAUCUGUUUCUGCUCGUCUUCUGCCCACCUUGUCCGGCUCUGGUGCUGCCUGCUCUUUUCAAACCACUGUGCGACGGUGGUGUGCGAUGGUGUGCGGUGGUGUGCGGUGGUGUGUGGCAGAGCGCAUUGGCGGGGCAUGUGGCAAUGGACCAUGCCAAGGAAGUGGCAGACUUUAAGCAGCUUAUUCGCACACUCAUCAUCUCUAUGAAGAGUCUGCUGUGGAGCAUAACACAUUUCUCGAAUGCAGCACCGCAGCAGACACAUCCAGCCAUGCCUAACACGCCCCAGCCGUCAGGCAGCAAAGGCAUGCGGCAGGAGGAGGUGCUGCUGGCGAGUGCGAUGCUGCGCAGUGGAGUGCAGUGCCUGGCGGUAUUCAAGGAGAAGGAGGACGACGACACGUUCCUGCACUUCGCGUCCGUGUUCACAGUCAUGGAGCCAAGGGACCUCAUGGAUAUCUUCUCCCUCACCAUGCCCUCGCUCUUCCAAGCGCUCCUCAACAACUCGCAGCUGCUGCAGGUCUUUGCAGCGCUCCUACAGAACCACAAGGCGUGCCGCCACUUUGCGGAGGUACUCGCCAGCUUCCUCGUCACCUCGCGCCUGGACGCUCUCCGCACGCCCGACACGCCAGUGGCAGGGCUCGUGCAGCAGCUCUUCCGCCUUCUCUUCGGCGCCGUGGCAAAGUACCCCAACGACUGCGAGCGCGUGCUGCAGCCCCACAUAUCCGCCAUAAUGGACGCCUCGUUAAAAGCCGCCACGGACCUCGACCGCCCGCACGCGUAUCUCCAGCUGCUGCGCAUGAUGUUCCGAGCGCUCUCCGGGGGCCGCUUCGAGCUGCUGUAUCGCGAGUUUGUGCCGUACCUGCUUCCCUGCACCAACACCAUUGUCUCGCUCCUCAACGGGCCCUCAGGCCCUCAACUGAACGAUCUGCUGCUGGAGCUCAGCCUCUCUCUCCCUGCUCGCCUCUCCUCGCUGCUCUCCCACCUCCCGCGCCUCAUGAAACCCCUGCUAAGGGCCCUUCGCGGAUCUGAAGAGCUGGUGGGGCUUGGGUUACGCACACUCGAGGUCUGGGUUGACUCGGUCAAUCCAGACUUUUUAGAGCCAGCCAUGGCUCCUGUGCUACCGGACCUGUUGCUCUGCCUCUGGUCGCAUUUACGCCCGAAGCCGUACCCGUAUGGCAGCAAGGCGCUGCAGCUGCUGGGGAAGCUGGGCGGGCGAAACCGCAGGUUGAAAGACCCGUUGGUGCUGGAGGCAAAGGAGAAUCCGGAGCAUGGGCUGCGGCUGAUCCUCACGUUUGAGCCCAGCACAUCGUUUCUCGUGCCCCUGGACCGUUGUGUUCAGCUGGCCUACGCUGCCGUCAUGGCAGGCCCGCUUCCCCCCCCGCUCCCUUCUCCAGGAGUUACAACAGCAGCAGGUGCGGGCAGUGGAGAAGGAGGAGGUGCAGGAGCAGCAGGAGGAGCAGCAGCAGCAGCAGGUGGUGGUAGCGGUGCGGCUGGUCCGUCUGCUGUUGCUGCAGGGCCAGGCAUGAUGCAGCAGCAGGGGCAGCAGGAGCAGCGUGGCAUCCAGACAAAGGCAGAGCCGCAGGAAGGGAAGGGUGGGGAGGUGAAGGCAGAACAAGGGCAGGCAGGGAGCACAGGCGGCCCCAGCAGUGGCCAGGGCGCUGCUGCUAGCGGCCCUGCUGGCCAAUCCACCGCCUCAGCAUCCUCUCGUUCCUCCUCCGGCCCGUCCUCUGGCGCCAUCCCAACGCCUCUUGGGACCUUCUCCUCCUCCUCGCCCUCUUCCUUCUCCAACCCGACGCUCACGCUGCACCUGCGGCGGCAGUCGCUGCGGUUCCUGCGUGUGUGCCUGCUGUCUGUGCUGAAUCUGCGGGGAAAUGUGGAUCGCGAGGCUGGAAUUAGCUCGCAGCAGCUGGCCUCUCUGCUGCUGUCUCCUGCUGAUCGCAGCAGGCACCGGGUGGAGUUUGCUGCCCCCAAGGUUGACAUUGGGGCGAAGACGAAGACUCAGCUGCAGGCGGAGCGAGCACUGUUCAAGCAGCUGCUGUGUGCUGUCAUUGCUUCCUCCUCUCAACCAGAGCUUCAGGAUUCCGACGAGGAGCUGGUUGUCAAUAUCUGCCGCCACUUUGCCAUUCUCUCCCACCUCGACAACAACCAAGCCACCCCCCCCCCUGCAGCCCCCAGUGCCACCACCGGCACCACGCCUCCUCCUGCUGCCUCCCCCGCCGCCACCGGGCCAAGUUCUGGUGGUGCUGCUAUGGCAGCAGGCAGGGUAGCAGGUGGAGCAGGGAGCGUUGGGCAGAGAGGAGAUGCAGGCAGUAAGGAUGAGGUGAUGGGGGAUGUUACAACGAACCAGCAGCAGGAAGGCAUGGCGAGGAAGAGAGGCAGGGAGGAGGAGGCAGGCAAGGUGAAGCCGGAAGCAAUGGAGGUGGAUGGGAGGGGUCUGGCCUCGGGAAGACCAGUGGCAGUAGGGAAGUCCGCUGAUGGAGAGGGCGGGGAGCAGGAUGGUCCUGAUAGGAAGCGGCGGCUGGUGGGGCAGCAAGGGGGUGCCGAGGGUGCACAGCAGCAGGUGGCUAAAGGCCAGGUGACGGUACAAGCGAGAACAGGCCUAGCCCCCCCUGGCCAGCAGCAGCAACCAUUGCAGCAGCAGCAACCACUGCAGCAGCAGCAGCAGCAGCAGCAGCAGCAGCAGCAGCAGCAGCAAAGGCAGGCACCGGCAGCGGCAGUGGCACAGGGACAGGGGGUUCGUCCACAAGGAGUGGUGGUGGCGAGACCACAGGGAGUGUUGCCUCAAGCACAGCCGGCAGCGGCGCCAGUUCAGCCUGCGCAGCCCGGAGCAGUGCAACAGAUGGUUCAGGGGCAGGCUCAAAUGCCUGGCGUUGCACAGCCAGCUUCCCGACAGAGCACACAAAGCAGAGGAGCAGAUGCCAAGGGAAGUGGGUCCGGUGAGCAAGUGGCUGCACAGGGGACCCAGGUGCAAGUGAGCAAGGCCAGUCAGGCGACGGAUGAGGAGAAAUCUAAGGAGAGUGUGGUGGCGGAAGAAAAGGGUAAAUCUGUAGGGGAAGCAGAUGUAGCAGGGCAGAGCAAAGAGGGAGGUGGAGUGGUUGAGAAGGAAAAGAAGACGAGUGGAGUGAGUCAGGUUGGGCAAGGGAAAGGUAGUGUUGAGGGUGGGGAGAAGGAGGCAGAGGAGAGAGGUAAGGACAAGGAAGAGAAGAUGGAGGAGGACAAGCGAGAAGGAAAAAAAGAGGAAGGAGGUGGAGAGAAAAAUGAGACGGUGGGUGGUGGCACGUCAGGUAAAGAAGAUGGGGAUGAUGCUGUGAUGGGGGAUGUGAUGCAGAGUGGAGAGAAGGCAGAGGAGGGUGCUGCGACAGUGGCGGUGGCUGCUGAAGUGAAAGUGAAAGAUGUCCAGGGCACGAAGGAAGAGGAGGAGAAGGAGAAGGAGGAGGAGAAGGAGAAGGAGAAGGAGAAGGAGAAGGAGAAGGAGAAGGAGAAAGAAACGGAGAAGGUGAAGGAGGAGGAGGGGGAUAAGGAGACGGAAAAGGAGGAGGACAAGGAGGGCGCACCGAAAGGUACUGGUGGGGCAGUGGAAGUUACAGGAGUGAAGGUGGACGGGGAGGGUGCUGGAAAGGGCGCUUCUGCUGCUGCCACUGCUGCAGCUGCCACGGCUGACUCGGAUGUUGAAGGAAAGGAGACAGGGGCAGGAGAUGCGAAGGAUGGAGGGGUUGGUAAGGACAGUGCGAAAGUUGAAGGGACGGAUGAGAGUAAGGAUCGUGCAGGACAAGAGGCUGUGGCAGGAAAGGUGGAGGUAGGUGAAGCUGCAACUGCAGGAGGAAAGAAGCAGGAAGGGGAGGUGGAGGAGGGAUGUGAGGGCACAGAGGGCAUGGCAGUCGAUGCGAAGGACGCUAUGGGUGAGACUGAGGGUAGGGAGGAGGUGGAAGGGGAGGCGAGGGGAACUGGUGAUGAAAAGGAGGGUGGGGGAGGCGUGGUAGAGGAGAAAGGAGAGGCGGGCAAGGAGGGUGGAGGAGGGGAGGGAGGGACUGAGAGGGGAGGGGAGCAGUCAGGGAAGGGGGAUGAGGAGGUGAAAUUUAGUACAGCAGAGGCUGCUGUUGAAGGAGUGAGUGGCACGAGUGGUGAAGCAAGGGAAGCUGGUGCAGGAGAGAAGGGAGAUGUGACGAUGGAGGAAGAGAUGGUUGAAGUAGCAGAAGGUGAGGGGGGAAAGGGCGAGGGGGAUAAGGUGGAAGAGGGUACUGGGGAGGAGGGAGACAAGGGGGUUACGGUGGAGGAGGCUGUUGCUAUGGAUGUAGAGAAAGAGGGGAAUGCGGGUGGGGAUGCCAAAGUGGUGAAAGCAGAGGAGGAGGAGAAAGAGGAGAAAGAGGAGAAAGAGGAGAAAGAGGAGAAAGAGGGGAAAGAGGAGCAAACAGAGCAAGAGAAAGAGGGGAAAGAGGAAAGUGAGGGAAAAGAGGAGAAAGAGGAGAAAGCAGAGAGAGAGGAACAGGGGAGAGGGAUUCAAGGAGAGGAGGCAGACGAUGGAGAGAGAGUGAAGCUCUCAGAGGAGGGGAAACAUAGAGAGGGAGAGGCGGGAGGUGGUAUUGCAGGGCAAGACGAGGCAGCUGCAGGUAUGGAGGUGGAAGGGGAGGGUGAGGGGGAUGGGCCGGGGAAAGCGGCCAAGGAGAAUGCAGAGGGAGAGGCAGGUGAAGCGGGAGAGGAGAGGGCAGGGGGAGAGGAGAAAGUUGAAACGACGGUGGUAGCUGAAGAGGAGAAGAGAGAGGCGGGUGAAGGGGAGGAGGAGAAGGCAGGUGGGCAGAGGGCUGAGGAGGUUGCUGAGGGAGAAAGAGAGGAGAAGGGCGAUUUGAAAGAGAGUGAGAGAGAGGCACAGGGAGGGGACGCGCAGAAAGACGUGGAGAAAGAAGGAGAGGCAGCAGUGGAGGGUGGUGCAGGGGAGGAGCAGGCACAGGGUGCAGAGGGGGCAGAGCAAAAACCAGAGGAGGGUGGUGGAGAGGCGAGCGCAGGGAAGUUGGAGGAAGACGGGAAGGAAGAAAGGAAAGAGGAGGGGAAGGAUGAUACAGGCGUGGGAGAGGGGGGUGAUGCAGAAGCGGGGAAGGAUGAGGAAGGCGACGGAGAAGUCGCAGCAGUGGAGGCAGGGGGAGAUAAGGCGGAGGGAGGGAAGGAGGUGGGGCGGAGUGGGCCUGAGGGAGGGGAGCAGGCAGAGCAAGGUCGGGAGGAGGAAGGUGCGGAAGUGGGAGAGGGGCAAGGCGAUCCUGUGGGUGUGGCGGAUGAGAAGGAAGAGAAAGUGUUGGAGGAACAAGGGAUGGACAAGGCAGGGGAGGUUGCGGAGGGAGAAAUGAAGGACAGUGCAGAUGGUGGUGUGGGCGGAGUAGAAACGGAGCAGGGGGGGCAGAAGGAGGAGCGCGAGCAGGGCGAGCAGGGGGAGCAGGGGAAGCAGGCAGCGGAGCAGGGUGGAGUUGAUGGGAAGGAGGGGUUGGAGGAGGGACAUGAGGGUGGGGCCGAAGGGCGCGGCAAGGAGAAGAAGGAAGGGGAAGAAAGUGCAGGUGCUGAGGGGAUGGAUGAGGAGAGCAAGGCGGAGAAGGGCGAGGGAGGUGGUGCAGAGGAGGUGGGUGAUGCGGAGCAGGAUGGUGCUGAGGGGGGAGAGGAUGGGGCGAGAGAUGACAAGGAGAAAGGCGAGCAUGAGGAGCAGAAGGGAGGUGAGGUUGUGGCUUUGGAGGGGGAUGGGGCUGGAGGGGAGAAGGAGGAGGGUGGGGCGGAGAGGACAAAGGACGCUGCUGCUGCUGCUGCUGCUGCUAAGGAGGAGCAAGGUAAGGUGGAGGAGGAGGAGGGGAGAGACGAUGGAGGAAAGCAGGACGAUGGUAUGACACAGAAGGAGGAGCCAGAGGUCAAGGAGGGAGGAGCAUCUGAUGAGACGACUGGCGCCGCUGCUCCUGAUAAGACCAACGAGGGUGAAGAGAAGGCGGAAGGGACAGGGACUGGGACAGAGGCAGGCGCGGGAGCAGGGACAGGGACAGAGACAGGCACAGGGACAGAAACAAGGACAGUUACAGAAACAUCAGGGACAAAGGAAGUGAAGGAAGAAGAGAAGGCUGAGGGGAAGGAGCCAUCGCAGGGUGCAGGAGGUUCAGAGAAGGCAGAGGAAGAAGUGGAGGAAAAAGUGGAGAAAGGAGUGGAAGCAGAGGCGACGGGGAGUGGAGAGGCGGAGGCUCAUGGGGAGGAGAAGGGUGUGGUGAAGGUCACGGGUGAUAAGGAGCAGGGUGCAGCAGGAGAGGGGGCAGCAGGUGGUGUUAAGGCUGCGGAAGGCCCUGGUGCACAAGGGUCUGCGGAAGGAGAGAGUACGAAGGAAGGAACAGCCGAGGAUGGGAAGGGGGAGGGGAAGAAAGACGAUGGGAGUGCAGCGGGUGGCAGGAAGGAAGGAGAGGGAGUGGAGGGUGAGAAGGGGGAGAGUGGCUCAGCAGGGGCGGAGGAGGAGAGCAAGGACGUGAAGGGAGGGAAGGUGGAAGAGGUGGAGGGUACGCCGCUCCAGGAGGAGGGUGAGAAGAAGGUAGGAGAGGAGGCUGAGAAGCAGCAUGGGGUUGGGCCAGAUGGUAAGGCGGAUUCAGAGAAGCAGGUAGUUGAUAAAGGGACUGGUGGUGGUGGGGUUGAGUCAGGUGGUGGUGGGGGAGAGGCAGAUGGUGGGAAGCAGAAGGAGGCUGCAGGAGAAGAAAAGAGCGCGGUGGGUAAGGGUGGAGAGAAAGAGGGGAUGGUGGAGGGGAAGGAGGUGAAGGAGGGGAAGGAGGGGAAGGAGGAGGUGAAGGAGGAGGCAGGUAUAAAGGGAGAAGAGAAAUCAAGUUCUGCAGGUGCAUCAGGAGAUGGCGGUGGUAAGGAGAAGGCUGCAGUAGAGGAGAACAAGAAAGGUACGGAGGAGGGGAAGGUAGUGGUUGGGGUGAAGGAGGAAGAGAAGGGCCAGCAGUUACAGGCAGCAGCGGUUCAAUGCAAGCCAGAAGAGACAGGCACUGUUGCAGGCGCGGUGGCAGAGGAAAAGGCGGGAGUAGUGAAGGGAGGAAAGGAACAAGAGGAGGGGGCAGGUGGGGUUGCAGGAGAGAAGGAAACUGGUGACAAGAUGGAGGUGGAUUCAACAGGUGUCGGGGCAAAGCUAGAGCCAGCAGAAGGCAAGGCGGGUGGAGAGGGAGAAGGGCAAGAUGUGAAGAUGGAAGAUGUAGGGGAGGGAAGUAAGGAGGUGAAAGCUGAGCAGGUGGUUGGGCCACAGCAAUCACCUGUCAAACCUGUGCAAGGCCAGCAGCAGCAGGCACAAGCACAGCAGCCUGUGCAGCCGCCACCGGCAACACCUGUGGCACCAACACCAUUGCUGCCAUUGGUACCAACCCCAUUGCUGCCAUUGGUACCAACCCCAGCAGCAUCCGCAGUGCAGCCAGCGCAAACAGUGCAGAAAGCACAGCCAGCAUCAGAGGGGCCUAAACAGCCGCCGCCGCCGCCGCCGCAGCAGCAGCAGCAGCAGCACCAGCAGGUGGUGACACAGCAAGGUACGGUAGUGCAGCAAGGUGGAGGCGCAGCAGGGGCACAGGGUGCAGUCCAGCAAGCGGCAGGGACAUCAGCUGCUCCUUCGCAACAGCCCACACCAGCUGUGACAGCACAGCCACGGCCACCACCAGCACUGCAGCAGCAGCAGCAGCAGCAGCAGCAGCAGCAGCAGCAGCAGAUGGCCCAGGCACAGCAGCAGGCGCAAGCAGGGGCGUCACAAGGUGCAGCAGGGGAGAAGAAGGUGUUGAGCACACAGCCGGCAGGACCGCAUGCUGGAGGUGCAGUGAAAGCGGAGGCAGUGCAGACCAGCCCUGGGACAGUGCAGCCAGCACAGCAGCAGCAAGCUGGCCGGCCUCCCCAAGGCCAAUCUAUGCCGGCUCAGCAGCAGCAGAGGCAGCAGCCACAGGCACAGCCGCAGCAGGCUCAGCAGCAGCAGCAGCCGCAGCAAACGCAGCAGCAGCAGCAGCAGCAAGCGCAGCAGACUCAGCAGACGCAGCAGCAGCAGCAGCAGUCCUCCCUACGAGUCCUAGACCCCAUCAUCUUCAUAGACGCCCUGGUCUCCGUGCUCAUAUCAGAGAACAGAGCGCAUGCUCGCGCUGCCGUCUCCGCCCUCACCUCCUUCACAGACUCAGUCAUUCUCAUGGCGCGCUGCCGUCAGGCUGGCACCGCCAUCCCUGCCGUGCUCCCCACGCCGGGCACCCCGGGAAUGGUUUCGUCCCCGUCGAUGAGUGUGGUGGCGCCUGCGCCGCCGGGUUUGAGUGUGCCGGUGUUAGAGGAGCUGCUCUCGCGCCUGCUGCACUGCUGCUAUGGGCUCACAUGGCAUGAGCAGAUUGGCGGGGUGAUGGGGCUGGGUGCGCUCGUGGGCAAGGUCCCUGUUGACAUGCUGAGUCUCUUUCAGUCUCGCAUAGUGCGUGCACUUCUCUUCGUGCUUCGGAGGUUGCCGCAGCACUCAGUGAGGGAGCGAGAGGAGACAACCCACGUUCUCACCCAAGUACUACGAGUGGCCAACAGCAUGGACGACACGGCAUCAGAGGAGCGCACAGCGAGCUUCCGCUCCGUGCUGGAAGUCCUAGCAGUGGAGCUCUUCAACCCCAACUCGCCCCGCGUAGUGCGCAAGAACGUGCAGGCCAGCCUGGCGCUGCUGGCAUCGCGCAGGGGCUCUGAGGUGUCGGAGCUGCUGGAACCCACGUACCAGCCACUGCUGGCCCCGCUGCUCAGCCGCCCACUGCGGUCCCGUCACGUGGAGCAGCAGGUGGGCACGGUCAUGUGUGCCAACUUCUGCCUGGCCCUCCGCCCGCCUCUCCUGCGCCUCACCCCGGAGCUGCUCACACUUCUCCAGGACGCUCUCAGCGUGGCAGAGGCAGACGAGGCGGUUCUCCACGCCAAGUUCCUCACAGGGCGGCAGGCCGCCGUGCUGACGGGCCUGCGCUCCGCAUGCAUUGAGCUGCUCUGCACCGCCAUGGCGUGGGACGAGUGCAAGGCGCCCGGGCACGCGGACAUGCGGUCGCGCAUCAUUGCCAUGUUCUUCAAGUCGCUCACGCUGCGCACGCCCGAGAUUGUCAGUGCGGCUAAAGAGGGUUUGAGGCAGGUGAUCAUGCAGCAGCGCCUGCCCAAGGAGCUGCUGCAGUCCAGCCUGCGCCCCAUCCUCGUGCACUUCGCCCACUACAAGUCCCUCAACCUGCCGCUGCUCCAGGGCCUUGCGCGGCUGCUGGAGCUGCUGUCCAACUGGUUCAACGUGACCCUGGGCGACAAGCUCAAGGACUACCUGGCCAAGAUGCUGGAGCCUGACAGAGGGCCCGCACAGGGGCAGAGAGCGUGGCGGCCAGGAGAAGAGCCCAAGAUAGCUGCUGCAAUCCUGGAGCUAUUCCACCUGCUGCCAUCGCAAGCCGUUAAGUUCCUAGACGACUUAGUCCACCUCUGCAUGCAGCUGGAGGCCGCACUCCCGCCCACCUCCCUGCUCUCCGACCUCAACUCGCCCUACCUGCAACCCCUCACCAAGUUCCUCAACCGCUACUCGCACGAGUCGGUGGACUACUUUCUAGCGCGGCUCAGCCAGCCGGCUCUCUUCCGCCGCUUCCUCGCCAUUAUUCGCUCGGAUACCGGCGUGCCGCUGAGGGAGGAGCUAGCGCGCUCGCCCAAUAAGAUCAUCGCUGCUGCGUUCCGGUCUGUGGCGCCGUCGCUGGGGCUCACAGACCUGCCUCAGCCCGCCCACCCGCUCACUCCCGCUCAAGAGGUGGAGGGGCAGAUGAACGGGAUAGCGCUGGUGCGAGCGCUGGUGAAGCUGCUGCCGGACUGGCUGGGAGGGCAGAGGCACAUCUUCGAGGCGCUGCUGCAUCUCUGGCACUCGCCGGCACGCAAGCAGCGGCUCAUGCGCGAACAGGACCUGCCUCUGCACAUGGUGAAGGAGAGCAAGUGGUUGGUCAAGUGUUUUCUCAACUACGUGAAGCACAACCGGGAGGAGGUGGAUCUGCUGUUUGCGCUGCUCGCCAUCUUCCGCCAGCGCACACGCAUCGACUACACCUUCCUCAAGCGCUUCUUCAUGCUCCAGCUCCCAGAGACGUACACGCCACAGCAACGCAAGCUGGUUCUCCUGCGCUUCCUCGUGCUGUACCAGGGCGGAAUCCUCACCAACCCCACACAGCCGCCAGCAGCAGGGCAGGCAGGCGGGCAGGCAGCAGCGGCAGCAGGAGCAGCAGCAGGGGCAGCGGGAGGGGCGGUGAACCAGGUGAUGCCGGCGGCACACCAGGAGGCGAUGGUGACGGCGCUGCAGCUGCUCAUCAUGCCCAUGCUCUCGCACUUGCUCAGUCAUGGGCAUGGCCCUGAGCUGCUGGAUGCCACUGUCAUUCGCACCAUUGUUGAUCGCCUGCUCGACCCGCCGGAAGAGUCACUUGAGUCCCCUGCCUCCCUGCUUCCCUCUUUCCUCCACUGCGCCCGCUCUCUCCCUCCCUGCUCCCCUUUCCAGCUGAGCGCCCAGUACGACGAGCCAUUGCGAAUCGAGCUGCUGCAGCUGGCAACACUACUCAUCCGCCACACGCCCAACGAGUUGAAGCUGCACCGCCGCGAGCUCAUCAAGUUCGGGUGGAACCACCUCAAGCGCGAGGACAGCAGCAGCAAGCAGUGGGCCUUUGUCAACGUCUGCCACUUCCUCGACGCGUACCAGGCUCCGGAAAAAAUCAUCCUGCAGGUGUUUGUCGCGCUGCUGCGCGCCUGCCAGCCGGAAACCCGGCUGCUGGUGAAGCAAUCUCUGGACGUGCUCAUGCCGGCUCUUCCCAACCGGCUGCCUCAGGGCGACCAGAAGAUGCCGCUGUGGAUUCGUUACACAAAGAAAAUCCUGGUGGAGGAGGGGUAUUCAAUCGCGCACCUGGUGCAUAUCUUCCAGCUCAUUGUGCGGCAUGCUGAUCUCUUCUACCCCUCGCGCGCCCAGUUCCUGCCCCAGAUGGUGCACUCGCUGCAGCGCCUGGCGCUGCCGCUGAACAGCUCGCUGGAAAAUCGGCGUCUGGCUGUGGACCUUGCAGGGCUCGUGGUGAACUGGGAGAAGAAGCGCCGCGACAACGAAGUUGCUGCCACCGCCGCCGCCACUGCCGCUGCUGCUGGUGGGGCAGCGGGUGCUGGUGGCGAGGGUGGCGAGGGCGGCCAAGGGGGAGCAGGAGCCAAGAGGGUGCUAGGGGGAGGCGAAGAGAAGGAGGAGAGAGGUGGUGGUGCUAAGCGGAUGAAGGUGGAGGAGGGGCAUGUGGUGGGUCCCGGUGCUGCUGCUGGCAGUGCAGCCGGACCAGGUGCAAAUGCAGCAGCAGGAGCAGCAGGAGCGGGAGCGGCGGGGAGUGCAGCAGCAGCAGGGGACGACGAUUUCCGGCCGCACACAGGCAUGGAGGACAUGGUGCUCAACUUCCUCAUCCGCUUUGCAUUCGUGUCGGAGCCCAAGGACAAGGACACCACGGCGCUGCACCAGCAGGCGCUGCAGCUGCUAGAGGAGGCACUGGAGCUGUGGCCCUGGGCGACCAUCCGUGUGAACUACAUCGAGCGGCUUCAGCAGGGGCAGGCAAGCGCAAGCAAGGCAGCGCAGGGUGCGGAGGCAGCGGCAGCAACCAAGGACCUAUCCGUGGCGCUGCUGACAGGCAUGGGGGUCAUUGAGACGUGCGUGCGCAAGAGCCCCCUCUCCUUCCUCCGCCACAACUCCGUGCAUGUGCUUCAGAUCAUAGAGCCGUGCAUGAGAAGCCGCUCCAAGGAGGUCAUUGCCUGCCUCUGCCGCAUUCUCCGCACACUCUUCUCCACCGCCACCUCCCUCUCCCCUCCAUCCGCCACACGCGCUGCUGCCGCCGCCACCGCCGCCGCCGCUGCCGCAGGCCCUGGCACUUCCGCUUCUCCUGCUGCGCCCUCUCCUGCUGCUCCUGCUACAGCUGCCACUGCUGGAGCAGCAGCAGCAGCAGGGGGGGGGGAGGGGGCUAAGGGGCGAGAGGACGACCCAGCAGCAAAGGAAGUCUAUCUGGAGCAGGUAGCAGCAGUGGCACAGAGGGUGGAGGAAGUGACGCAGAAGCUUCUCGUGUCCAUUGUCUCGCCUCAGCCCUCUGGCUCAGGCUCUGCUGCUGCAGCACCUGGGCAAACUCCUGGUGCUGCUGGCCCAGGUGGUUCUGCUGCUGGGUCAGCAGGAUCAGGUGCCAUGCCACCGCCUCAGCAGCAGCAGCAGCAGCAGGGAAGAGCAGGAACACCAGGUCUCCCUCCCUUGGCCUCCCGCCCUGGUGCUGCUGGCGCUGCUGGCAUAGCACAUGCGGCAGGGGCAGCUACUCCCCAGGGAGGUGCACCUGGUGCAGGUACACCUGCUGGAGCGGCAGGAGCAGCCGCAGGCAUGGCCCGAAGUGCUACCCCCACUCUGCCUUCGGCUCCUUCUUCCCCGGCCGUUCUGUCUGCCGCUAACAAUGCUGCAAUCUGGGCGUCGCUGGCAGUGCUGCACACAUUGGCAGCAACUGAGCAGCAGCAGAUUGUGGACCGGCUUCUGCCUGUGCUCGUGCCCACGGCCCUCCACCUCUCUCGCAGCAUUGCUGCUGCAGGCCCGGCUGCUGGCUUGACGGGAGAUGCACAGGCGGAUGAAGCAGCAGGGGGCGGGCGGGGCAAGCCGCCAUCCCCAGGCCUGGCAGCACUGGCAGGCGCAGGAUCCGGCAGCUUCAGUGCAGCCGCAGCAGCCGCAACAGCAGGGAGCGCUGCUGCAGGUGCAACUGCUGCAGGCAGUGCAGGCAGUGCUGGGGGAGGGGCAGGUGGGGCAGGCGGGGCGGGUGGGGAGGAGGAGGGGCCGGGGUUGAUAGCGGCAGGGGUGGAUAAUCUGUGCGAUGCUCUGGAGCUGCUGGGGAGGCGUGUGCUGUAUGUGACGGACUGCCGGCGCCAGUUUGGGCUGCUGCUGCAGAGCCUGCUCACGGACAGAGCCACGGACCCGGCUGUGCUGCUGUCGAUUCUGGAGAUUGUGUGCCGAUGGGUGGACACAGAGUUCAGGGUGGCGGUGGUGAGGGGGGCGCAGCAGCAGGCGGAGCUGGUAUACACGGGCAUGCUGAACGCGCGGGACGUGGUCAACUUCCUCUACAAGCUCGCACUCGUCACCAAGGAGCGCCACCUCUGCCACCUCCACUUCGCCCCCUCGCGCUCCUCCCGUGCCUCCUCCGCUGCUGCACUUGCUGCCUCCACCGACUCCCCUGCGCUGCCGGCCGGGGCCCAACCCAGUGCAGACUCCUCAUCAUCAGGGUCAGCGUGUGAGCCAGCGUGGGACUGGGAGGGCAAGUUCCUGGGCCUGCUCUACUCCCUCUGCUCCGACUCCUCCAGGUACCCCACGCCCAUCCGCCAGGAGGUCUUCCAAAAGGUAGAGCGCGUGUUCAUGCUGGGCCUGCGCUCGCGCUCUCCCACCCUGCGCGCCAAGUUCUUCUCUCUCUACAACGACGCCAUAGGGCGGCAGCUGUGCACGCGCCUGCAGUUCAUCAUCCACGGCCAGAGCUGGGAGGCGCUGGCAGACAGCUUCUGGAUCAAGCACGCGCUCGACCUGCUGCUCGCGAUCCUCAUUGAUAGGGAUAGCGUCACGCUUGCUCCUAACUCCGCGCAGCUGCCCCCGCUCAUGCCUGCUGGCGGCGUGCCUCUCCAUGCUUCCGUUGCUGCUGGGAGCUCGGGUGGAGUGUCGGGCGGAGGAGGAGGAGGCGGCGGGGGAGGCGGAGGGGGAGGAGGAGGAGGAGGGAGUGGAAGCGGAAGUGGGGCCGUGGAGGGAGGGGCUUCCGAGGAAGCGGACGGCGGGCGGUUGUCGUUUAACUCGCUCGUAGCAAAGCACACCAAGUUCAUAAACGACUCUCUCCGCCUGCAAGUCUCCGACCUGCUGCGCCCCCUCCAGGAGAUGUCAGUGGAGGAACCCAUGGUGGCAUACCACCUGUGGGUGCUGGUAUUUCCGAUAGUGUGGGCGUCGCUGCACAAGGACGAGCAGGUGCAGCUGGCCAAGCCCAUGAUUGCGCUGCUGUCCCGGGAGUACCACUUCCACCAGCUGCACCGCCGCCCCAACGUCGUGCAGGCGCUGCUCGAAGGCAUCAGUUUGAGUCAGCCACAGCCCAAGAUCCCAUCAGAGGUGAUAAAGUACCUGGGGCGGACGUUCAACGCGUGGCACGUGGCCAUUCCGCUUCUCGAGAGCCACGUCUCCAUGUUCCCCCAGGACGCGCGCUGCUUCGAUGCCCUCGCCGAGCUCUACAGGCUGCUGAACGACGCGGACAUGGUGCACGGGCUGUGGCGCAGCCGCAAGGCAGCGCAAGAAACCCACGUGGCGCUGGCCCUCCAGCAGCACGGCUUCUGGCGCGAGGCGCAGGAGGUGCUCUCCCGCGCCAUGGCCCGCUGGCAGCACAGCGGCUUCACCAACCACAAGGUCGGCAAGGCCGAGGAGUCCCUCUGGGAGGAGCAGUGGCUUGCCUCAGCCCGGCAGCUGUGCCAGUGGGAUGUUCUGUCAGAGUUUGGGCGCGAGGUGGACAACUACCAGGUGUUGCUGGAUGUGGAGUGGAGGAGAGGCAACUGGGGGCUGCUGAGGGAGUCGGUGCUGCCCAAGGCACAGGUGGAGGAGAGCCCAAGGGUGGCGAUUGUGAGGGCGUACUGCAAGCUGCAGGAGGGCACGCUGGAGAGCAUCCAGGAGGCGGACCAGCUCAUCUCGCUGGGGGUGUCACUGGCGCUGAGCAGGUGGUGGCAGCUGCCAGUGGUGGGCGUGCAGCCGCACCUGCCACUACUGCAACAGUUCCAGCGCCUGGUGGAGCUGCAGGAGUCAGCACGCGUGCGCCUGGACAUAGCAGCGGGCGCCAAGCACCACAAGCUCAUGGCCAUGCACGGCGGCUCACGCGACGCCGCCGCUGCAGCAGGCGCUGCAGGAGCAGCAGGAGGAGGAGCAGGGGGAGCAGGCGGGAGCGGCCCUGGGGGUGGGGCAGGAGGGGCGGGAGCGUCGGCGCCGUAUGCGUUCACGCAGCUCAAAGAUGUGCUGGAUACGUGGAGGAUUAGAGUGCCCAACGAGUGGGAGGAGGUGGCCGUGUGGAGCGACGUGCUGCAGUGGCGCAACCACGUCUACUCCUUCAUUAUCUCCUCUCUUGAUUCCCUGCCGGAAACCAGUCCCGACCUGCGCUCCCUCGGCUUCCGCGACAAGGCGUGGAGCGUGAACCGUCUCGCCUCCGUCGCGCGGCACCACGGGCUAGGAAGCACAUGUGUGCGCCUACUCAACUCCCUCUACGGCUACAUGACCAUGGAGGUCCAAGAAGCCUUCACCAAGAUCCGCGAGCAAGUUAAAGCCUACAUGGAGAUGCGGGAAGGAGGCGGGAAGCUCCUCACCGGGCUGAACCUGAUCAACGUGACGCGGCUGGAUUACUUCCCGCAUCCGCUGCAGGCCGAGAUAUUCCGGCUGAAGGGCGAGUUUCUGCGGCGCAUGGGCGAUGGAGACGGUGCACACGUGGCCUUCUCCACGUCGGUAUCCCUGUGCAAGAGCUCGCCGAGAGGGUGGCUCAGCUGGGCGUGCUACUGCGACCAGGUGUGGCAGAGCACGGGCGUGGCAGUGUGGCUUGAGUACGCAGUCACCUGCUACUUCCAGAGCAUCACGUACGGCUCGCCGCGCGGCCGCACGUUCCUGUCGCGCGUGCUGUACCUGCUGUCGUUUGAGGAUGGGGAGGGCACGGUGGCACGUGCCUUUGAUAAGCAUGCAGACAACGUGCCCAACUGGGUGUGGCUCGCCUGGCUGCCGCAGCUGCUGCUGUCGCUGCAGCGCCCCGAGAUGCCCCACGCCAAGGCCAUCCUCCUGCGCCUCGCCGCGUCCUACCCCCAGGCGCUCUACUACUGGCUGCGCACGCACGUCCUUGAGCGCAGAGACGUGGCACAGAGAGCAGCAGCUCGCCCCCACGCUGCAGCAGCAGCAGCUGCGGCAGCGGCUGCAGCGGCAGCAGCAGCAGGGGCAGGAGGGCAGGGUGCAGGAGCUGGUACAGGCGGUGGUGCUGCUGGCACUGGGGCGAGCAACGUGGGAUCAGCAGGGGGGGCGGCUGCAGCAGCAGGCAGCACCGGCGGUGGGGCUGUGCUGGGAGCAACAGGCCCUGCAGGGCCGCACACGGGUGCAGGCGCUGCUGGAGGGGUAGUUGGGGGAGGUACGACUGGGGGAGGGCAGGGAGGAGGAGGGCAGGGGGGAGGGCCAGCGGGUGCAGCAGCAAGGGCUGUGCCGGCCAUGUCAGAGUCGCGAACAGCCGUGUCUGCUGCGUCGAAUGAUGCCGGCCCGCCCUACAACCCUGGGGGCGGGACCAGGCUGGCAGCAGCAGCUGCCCCUGGCCAAGCAGCAGCAGCAGCGGCAGCAGGAGCAGCAGCAGCGGCGGCGGCGGCGGCGCCAACGGCACUGGCAGCAGGCGGGCCGGUGGUGGGCGUUGCCCGGCGCUCAGCCGCUGCAGGUGCACCUGGGGGAGGCGCAUCCGGCGCUGCUGCUGGCACCGCCGCCGCUGCUGCCGCUGCCGCCGCCGCCGCCGCUGGUACUGGAAGUAACAGUGCCGGCACAAGCAGCUGGCAGGCAGCAGCGGUGAUGGCAUUCGAAGCAGCAAUGGAGGUGAUGGAGGCGCUGCGCACCAAGUAUGGCAGCCUGGCGUCAGAGCUGGAGGUCAUGCUCACAGAGAUCGGCGUACGUUUCGUGCCUCUCCCAGAGGAGCGGUUACUCGCUGUCGUGCACGCGCUGCUACAUCGCUGCUACCGCUACCCCACCGCCACCACUGCCGAGGUGCCUCUGUCACUCAAAAAGGAGCUGUCUGGUGUCUGCCGCGCGUGCUUCUCCUCUGAUACUGUCACCAAGCAUACCGAGUUUGUGAACGAGUACAAACGCGAGUUCGAACGGUCUCUCGACCCGGAAUCCACCGAUACCUUCCCCAAGUCCCUCGCCGACCUCACAGCGUCGCUCAAGCACUGGGAGGGGGUGUUGCAGCGUAACAUCGAGGAGCGGUUACCAGCGGUGCUGAAGCUAGAGGAGGAGAGCCGGCAGCUGCGGGAGUGGAACGUGAUGGAUAUAGAGGUCCCAGGGCAGUACUUUAACGACCAGGAUGUGCCGCCAGAGCAUGCAGUCAAGCUCGAUCGUAUCGCCCCAGACGUGCCAAUCAUCCGCCGCCACGGCAGCAGCCACCGGCGGCUGUCUCUCGUGGGCAGCGACGGGUCUCAGAAGCACUUUUUGGUCCAGACGUCCCUCACGCCGUCGGCACGCAGCGACGAGCGCACGGUGCAGCUGCUGCGGUCCAUCAACCGGGCAGCGCUGCUGAAGCACCGGGACACGCGGCGGCGCAACCUGGCGUUCCACACGCCGAUCAUCGUGCCCGUGUGGCCGCAGGUGCGCCUGGUGGAGGACGACGUAACCUACUGCACCUUCGCGGAGGUUUACGCGAUGAACUGCGCGCGCUACAACCGCGAAGCAGACCUCCCGAUCGCGAAAUUCAAGCACGAUCUCAACGCCGCGAUCAUCAACCAACUCUCCGGGGAGCGGCUGGUGGCUCUACGGCUGAGAUCGUACCGCGAGAUCACGGCCCAUCUGGUGUCGGAGAAUAUCAUGUCGCAGUUUGUGUACAAGUCGCUGCCGUCGUCGUCGCACCUGUGGACGUUCAAGCGGCAGCUGGCGUCGCAGCUGGCGCUGUCGGGGUGCGUGUCGUUCCUGCUGCACAUAGGCGGGCGCUCGCCCAGCAAGACCCUCUUUGCGAGGAACACCGGCAAGAUCUUCCAGAACGACUUCCACCCAGCAUACGACCACAACGGCAUGGUGGAGUGUCAGGAGCCGGUGCCCUUCCGUCUCACACGUAACCUGCACACCUUCUUCACACCCUUUGGCACGCUCGGCAUAUUCAUGUCCGCCCUCUGUGCUGCCGCCCAUGCCAUCCUCGCUCCCAAGCGGCAUGACAUGAGGCAUCACUUUGCCAUGUUCUUCCGGGACGAGCUUAUCUCCUGGUCAUGGCGCAGACCCCCGUCCCUGGGCCCACCCGGUGCGGCCAGCAGCAGUGGCAGCAUAGCAACGGCGGAUCUCAAGGCCAAGGUGGCGGCUAACGUGGAGAGCGUGUGGCGCCGGCUGCAGCGUGUGGCCCCGCAGAGCUACGUGGGAGCCAUUGCUGCUGCUGCCGCUGCUGCCAGCGAGAUUCUGCAGAGCGACGUGCCAGAGCUACGGUCAGUGCAGCAGGGGGCCAUGGAGCUGGUGGAAGCAGCACUCAAGCCAGAGAAUCUGUGCAUGAUGGAUCCCACGUGGCAUCCCUGGUUCUGA